AAAAACGCUCUGCGGCGUUGUAUUUUUGUCGGUGGUCAGUAAAUCGGGGAUAACGUUUUCGUCAACCUUACUCUCCGUUUGCUGUGCGUCUCCCUGCUGGCAUUUCCUCCCCAAAACCCUCGUCUGCAAUGUUCCGGCUCCCCUUUCUGCUGCCUGCCCUGCUCUCGCUUCUCAUCCCUGGGCCGGCCCGAGGAUAUUUCCCCGAAGAGCGCUGGAGCCCCGAGUCCCCGCUGCUCGCACCCAGGGUGCUCCUCGCUCUCAUCUGCCGCAACUCGGCUCACUCCCUGCCGCACUUCCUGGCGACUAUAGAGCGCCUCAACUUUCCCAAAGACCGGAUUGCCCUGUGGGUGGCAACCGACCACAAUUCGGACAACACAACAGCAAUCCUGCGUGAGUGGCUCAUCAAGGUGCAGACCUACUACCACUAUGUGGAGUGGAGACCGCAGGAGGAGCCACAAGCUUAUGAGGAUGAGGCAGGGCCCAAACACUGGACUAACCUGCGCUAUGAACACGUGAUGAAACUGAGACAGGCUGCGCUUGAGGCAGCAAGAGAAAUGUGGGCUGACUACUUCCUGAUUGUAGACUGUGACAACCUCCUGACAAACCCUGAGGUCCUGUGGAAGUUGAUCACUGAAAACAAGACCAUCGUGGCUCCCAUGCUUGAGUCCAGAGCUGCCUACUCCAACUUCUGGUGCGGCAUGACUACGCAGGGUUACUACAAGCGCACCCCGGCCUACAUGCCCAUCCGGAAGCAGGAGAGACAGGGCUGCUUCGCUGUUCCCAUGGUGCACUCCACCUUCCUCAUUGACCUGCGCAAAGAGGCGUCCCGUGAACUGGCCUUCUACCCCCCUCACCCCGACUACACCUGGGCCUUUGACGACAUAAUCGUCUUUGCUUUCUCUGCAAAAAUGGCAGACAUUCAGAUGUUUCUGUGCAACAGAGAAAGUUAUGGGUUCUUCCCAGUUCCCUUGCGGUCACACGGCACUCUGCAGGAUGAGACGGACAGCUUCCUACACACCAUGCUGGAAGUCAUGGUUCGAAACCCACCUAUAGAGCCCUCUCAGUUCAUCUCCGUACCCCCCAAAAACCCAGACAAGAUGGGCUUUGACGAGAUCUUCAUGAUCAACCUGAAGAGGAGGAAGGACCGCAGAGACAGGAUGUUGCAGACUCUGCACGAGCAAGAGAUUGCCUGCAAAGUGGUUCCUGCUGUGGAUGGCAAAGCUCUGAAUGUCAGUGAUAUCCACAACAUGGGCAUUCACAUGCUGCCAGGGUACAGUGACCCCUACCACGGCCGUCCACUCACCAAGGGGGAGCUGGGCUGCUUCCUCUCCCACUACAACAUCUGGAAGGAGAUCGUGGACCGUGGUCUGGAAACAUCUCUCGUGAUCGAGGACGACCUGCGGUUCGAGGUGUUCUUCAAGAGACGUCUUCAGAACCUCAUGUAUGAGGUGCAGAGUGAAGGCCUGGACUGGGACCUCAUUUACAUCGGCCGCAAGCGCAUGCAGGUGGAUCACCCCGAGAAAGCGGUGCCCAACAUCCACAACCUGGUAGAGGCUGACUACUCCUAUUGGACCCUGGGCUACGUGAUGUCACUGCAGGGCGCACGCAAGCUGCUGGAGGCGCAGCCCCUCACCAAGAUGCUGCCCGUGGAUGAGUUCCUGCCGGUCAUGUACAACAAGCAUCCAGUGUCGGACUACAUGGAGCAGUUUGAGAAGAGGGACCUCAAAGCAUUUUCCGCCGAGCCCUUGCUGGUCUAUCCCACGCACUACACGGGCGAUCCCGGUUAUGUCAGCGACACGGAGACCUCCACCAUCUGGGACAACGAGCAGGUGAAAACGGACUGGGACAGGGCCAAGUCCCAGAAGACACAGGAGCAGGCAGAGCUGAGCAGCGAAGCCCAAAAUUCCGACGUCCUCCAGUCGCCCCUGGAUAGCACAGCCCGGGAUGAGCUAUGAUCUUCGGGGUGACUGGACCUGAAAGCCUUCUUGAAAGAUCCACCAGCGUCCACAGGCUUCACUGGAACACUCCCAAGAUGGAUUCGAAGGUUCCAUUCCAAGAGAAGAUCCCGUCUGGGGAUCUUUAAAGACUGCCCUGCUCAGUCCUUGUCUGCAGGACUCUUUUGAAUGCCUUCUCACUCCUAACCUGAAUGUCUGUCCCUUUAAUUUGAAAUAUUUUAUUCUGCGGGAUCGAAGAUUGAGGCAGGAAAACCCCCGUUUCAGAAAAUCACUCUACUGGACUGGAGCGUUCAAAAAAGGGUUAUUGCUUUGGUUUUGGAACACAAGCUUUAUUCCUGUUUUUAUUGUCAAUCUUGUGUGAUUUUAAAGUCUUUGGGUUUUAAAGGUCGGUUUUAGGAUGAGGCAUUUUUAAAAUGUGAUCUAGGUUUCAUGAUUUGAUUUCUGGAUUAGGCAUAAGCAUAUCCCUACCUUGAACUUGGACAAUCAAGUUGACCUCUUAUAGUUUUGCAGAUUUAAUUUUUUGUUUGUGCAUAGAAGAAUUCAGCAUUGCAUUGUGCCUUCCGUUGACCUGUUACUCCCUAGCAGUUGUUACCAGAACUAACAAUCAGCAAAUUAUACUGAAGCUUUUCCUGGACUUUGCAGAUUUUAUACUCAGAGGGUGCAGUUCUGGUCAUUGCCAUAGGAAAAACAAAUAUCUCUAAGUGCAGUCUUGUGAGAAACCUCACAGUCAACUCUGCGUUUUAACUGACACAUCUGACACUACUGUUAGCUUAAAUACAGAGUGAAAAGUCAGAGAUGAGAUGUACUGUUAAGUAGCACCCACUAGGGACAAAAUCUUCAAAGUUAUAGGCUUUGUUCAUCCUUUAUAUAAAUAUACAGUACAUACACUGAUGUGUUUCUGGAUGCAUAGGAGGGUUAGGAUAAAGGGCUACAUAAUAGCC